AUGUCAGACCCCAGUGACCGCCCUUCCGAGUCUAUGCCCGGCCAAGAGAUCCCGGGUCUGAAGCCUUCGUCGAACGCGGACGAUCUGUCUUUGGACAAUUCUGACAACAAUGAGCUGUCGCGAAUUAUGAACCGUGCCUCGAUGCCCAAUGGCUUCCCCCUUGACGACGAUGAAGGCGACGAAGAAGGAGACGAGGACUACGUCUCGGUGGAUCAAGAGGAUGCAAACGACUUCCCCUACUGGUUCCGCCGUCCCCCCACCCAUCACCGAUCCAAGCUUGAUGAACUCCACCCAUUUGUUCAACUUCUCUCCACGUCAAACGUGGAUGACUGCUGUAAAUUUGUCUACCGUCUGUCUCGAUGCCCCGAACUCAGUCUUGGCCUGUUCACAUUGCCUCUCAAGGAUGAUACGAAGCCCAAGCCUCGCCCGACGCUCGUCGGACACAUCAUCGCUACCCGUACUUCGGAGCCCUGCGUGACAGAUCGAUCGAUGCGUCUGCCCUCCAAUUGGCAGAACGAGCGUUGGACAUUCGAGGAUAACCAGGCUAUCGGUCACGAAGAGGGUGGUAGCACUAUUGCCAUCCAUUCUCUUGCAGUUUGUCCUGAGCACCAGGGCAAGCAAGUUGGCAGUACCUUGAUGAAGUCUUACAUUCACCGUAUCCGUGAAGCCCAAAUCGCAGACCGUGUCGCUAUCAUCGCUCAUGACCACCUGGUUCCCUUUUAUGAAUCGUUCGGGUUCGAGUCUCGUGGUCCUAGCAAGUGCCAGUUCGGAGGUGGUGGCUGGGUGGACCUUGUGCUCGAAUUCGGCAGUGAGUCGAAUUAA